UCUACCCUCGCAGUUCCGAAGCCCCUUGAUGAGGCAAUCCCUGCAUUCGCUGUCGACAUCGGUGGGUUUGCUCAAUGCGAGAGCCAGUUAUUAAUUUGCUCCACUGGGAGUGUUAACGGAAGCGACUGUCCAGAACCAUGCAUCAAGUUGACUUCCACACAAUACUGCUGGUGUGACCAGGGAUGCCUUGCUUACGGAGACUGCUGCUAUGAGUCCUCUGCAGACGCCUGCUACCAGUCCUCGGAGGAGGUCCAUGGGGAGCUCUCAAACGCCGGUGGAGGCAGCGGCCAAGAAGAGGAAUGCAUCCGCACUUCCUUGAUCGAUGUGAAUGGCAGACCACCAUCAAAGCCGGACUACCGUGGCCAUUGGCUGGUGACUGGAUGUCCUACUGGUUAUCGAAACCAUGAGGUUGACUCCAGAUGUUCCUCGCCGCAGCCUUCCUUCGUAGGGCUGAAGAUUGCCAGCAAUGACAGCGACGAGCUUGUUCAUUCAAUACCGGUGUCAGCACAGUCGGCUGAUGGUGUGUGGAGGCACUACGCCAAUAUGUAUUGUGCGUUCUGUCAAGGAGUCAAGCUCCAAGACCUGAUACCGUGGAAUCUCACCAAGAAAGAAUGCAAGGACGUGUCAUACGACCCGAUAUCAGGGAGCUUUGUGGAUGUAGAAUGUGAGGAGGUGGUAUACCAAUUUCAGCCAAGAAGGUGGACUGAUGACUCCGUGACCUUAAUCACGCUGCCACGAAGUUGUUUCCCCGAUGUGAUUGAAAGUUGUCCAGGAGGGGGCUUGGGAGCUUGGGCUGCGGAUCUCUGCGGUGCCUACCAAGCAGCGAUUAACAUCGAUGGCGUGUGGUAUAAAAACCCACACUGUGUUGUAUGUAACAAUCAAUGGUCAAACAUCAAUCCUUACUGUUACGCCCCACGGGCUGUGAUCGGGUCAACAGGCUCACCCAUCUCUAUUCCCUUUGACUUCCCUUCGCUCGCUGACCACGCCUUUGACUCUGUCUCACUGAUUCUCCAAUGUCCCAUCGGCUUCAACUUCUCGUUGGAUACUCAGACAUGUAUCCCCAGCGGUGGGGUUAGUGGGCUCUCAUGCAGUGUAGACGUGCCUGUUGUUAACGUAGAGGUAUCAUUCUCCAUUAACGAAACCAUCAUUGGUAACAACACCUGGUUAGAAGCGUUCCUGUUGCUGUUUGUAGACGCCCUCUAUCUCGACCAUCAGGCCAUUGAGGGCGUCCACGAAAUCCAACAAGACUCACAGUCUAACAGUUUUCCUGCAUUAGACCACAUCAUCGCAUUCGACAUCAUCAACAUAAGCACGGUGUGGACAGCGUUUAAUUCGUUGACUAAUCAAAUGGCUUCGAUGGGUAGUAUGGUUGCCGACAGUAUCCCGGGGCUGAUGGUCUUGCGUGUUAACCUGACAGAGACCUGUUCAGGUAAUCUGUCCCUCAACGAAUGUUCAGCAACUAGCUUCGAUGUCGAUGACGUCAUGUUCCAUGUAGUCGAUGGUACCCCGUAUUUCUACCAGAACGACACACCAGCUCUACAUCUCGCCGAGGGCAUCAUACUCCACGUGGUGUACACUCUACAGAACGACUCCUUCUUUCAUGGAGGUGUGUCAAGACAGCUUCUCUUUUGCAACAUGUCAACCACGCUGCUCUGCUAUCACAUCAAGCUGUCGAGUCCCUCGCAGUAUAUCGUCCAAGAGGGCGUCAUUAAGUUCAAAGUUGACGGGAGGGUCUAUGAAUCCACCGAGUAUCUCAUCUUCCCAGAUGGCAGUGCUCAGGUCUGCAAGGAUAAUUUCAGGGACCCUUGGUUAGCGUAUUCGCGCCCGCAAGAGAUCAUCAACAUCGUUGGUACCUCCAUUUCAUCACUGGCUCUCGUCUUAACCUUCGUCACAUACAGCGUGUUUCCGAGUCUGCGCACUGUGCCCGGGAAGGCGACCAUGAACUUUGUGGUUGCGCUCUUUGCAGCUGAGAUUUUACUCCUGGUUGGUGGAUACAUACCACGUGACUCAACGGGAGUUUGUACUGGCAUGGCAGUCGCGUUGCAUUACAUCUGGUUGGCUUGCUUCUUUUGGAUGACGGCUCUUGGAUAUGACGUCAGUCGCACAUUUUCCGUUCGGGCGGGGCCUAGAUUGACUGACAGCAGUAGCCACGCCCUCUUGUGGAUGUGUCUCUUUAGCUGGGGUACCCCAUUGCUCGCCCUCGCCGCCUGCCUUCCUGUGCAUUUCAUCUCGCCCUCCACCCCCGGGGUCGACUUCUCCUAUGGUCGAGGUGGAACCUGUUGGAUACGCCCGGAGAUGGCGAACCUGAUGGCCUUCGGUUUGCCGGUGAUGGCGUCCUUGAUCGUUAACUGUGUACUGUUCAUCAAUACGAUUAUAGGCUUGCGUGCGUCGAAGAAGAUCACUAGAUUUAUUGAGAGGGAUAAGUCGGCAGUGCAGAGGGCUAGAGAUGAGUUUUUCAUCUAUCUGAAGGUUUCCGUUUUGAUGGGCUUGACUUGGGUGUGGUUUUUCCUGGCCGGUUUUACCGGAGCAACCGUCCUUCUCUACAUAGCCACCAUCCUCAACGCAUUCCACGGUGUGUUUGUCUUCGUCGCAUUCGUCUGUACACGUCGGGUCUGGACCAUGUGGCGACGAAAGCUCGACAUUGGAGGGCGCAAAGCAACCUCCACAACGACGAGCACUACGAACACCAUCUCAGGGAAGAGAGGAAGGUGUUCGGACGGGGCUAUGACCAAGACGUCUUCGAUUGGGACGGCAGAGGGCCUUGCGAGUGGUAGCCCAUCACGUGAGGGAAAGAAGUUCAAUGGGACCCGUCUGUGAUGAAUGAACAAACGAACAAGCAAACAAACAAGCAAACAAACAAACAAACAAACAAACAAACAAACAAAAAACAGAAAACA